UAUUUAGCUUUAUUAGUCUCCUUUUUAGGGUUACUCUUAUCCUUUUUGAGGAAAUGCCACCUAGUGUUUAGGGUUUCAAUUUUAUUUUGAUGAUUAUGAUUUUUCAUGGAUUCUACCUUUAUUCUGUUUUUUUUAUUUCUAUCCCUACCUUUCUGUCAUUGCCACAUAAACCUUAAUUUUAUCGAAGUAUUGUCUUAAUUUCUCUGUUUUAGUUUCAUGUCAUUGUAACGUAUUCUCUUUGUUGUUUUUUUUUUAAUGAUUGUUUGAAUUGUUGUGUCUUUUGCUUUGAAUUGUUAUCUGGAUCGUGAUUGAGUUAGUAGAAUUUAUGAUACUUUAGCAUUUUGUGUUUGGGUUUUGGAUGAUUUGCUUACUUAAAAUUCCUCAUUUGCAGCUUAGGAGUACAUUUUUGUGCUCACUAAUUUGUCAUUUAGGUGUUGCUGAAUUCUGUUAAAGGGUGGAACUCUAGUGAAGUUAUCAUCCGGGUCGGCAUCAAAAUUUCGAAUUCAUAUUUUCUUCACUGGAUUUUGGGUUUGCUUCUCUUUUGUUUGGUAAAUUUCUGCUUUAAUGGACGAUGGGGAGUUAGAUUUCUCAAACCAAGAUUUGUUAUCUAGUCCAAAUAUUGGUGAGAUUCCAAGCAGUUGUUCUUUUGAUUUCUUGGAUGAGCUACUGAAGGACACCCAUGCUUGUACCCAUACACACACAUGCAAUCCUCCUGGUCCUGACUAUUCUCACACACACACUUGCUAUCAUGUGCACACAAAAAUUUUGCCCCCUGCCGAGGACAAGGUUGUAAGUGAUGAUACCGCGGAGUCCACGGAUAAAAAAUCAAAGAAACGAUCGUCAGGCAAUAGGGAGGCUGUCCGAAAGUAUAGGGAGAGGAAGAAGGCAAAGGCUGCAUCUUUGGAGGAUGAAGUUAAGCAUUUGCGAGCUUUGAACCAGCAGUUACUGAAGAGGCUGCAAGGACAGGCUGCAUUGGAGGCAGAGGUUGCAAGACUCAAGUGUUUACUUGUGGACAUUAGGGGGAGGAUUGAAGGGGAAAUUGGAUCAUUUCCAUAUCAGAAAUCAGCCAAUAAUGUGAAUUUGGCCAAUCCAAAUAUUCCUGGUUCUCUUGUGAUGAAUCCAUGCAACAUACAGUGUGAUGGCCAGAUUUAUUGUCAGCGUCCGGUGCUGGAUAGCAAAGGUGGAGAAGGUGCACCAUUGAAUGGGCAAGGGUUUAGCAGUUGUGAGCUUGAGAAUCUUCAGUGUAUGGAGUAUCAGAAUUCAGGAAUGAUAGGCUUAUCUGGGUGUAGCCUUGGGAAUGAAGCAACAAAUGGCAAUUCUUCCAGUACAAAUAAGAGAAAGAAGGGGAUCGUGGAGCAAGUUUAAGCUGGAAAAACUGUCAAACCAAGGUCAGCCUUUUCUGUGAGGAUGCAUGUGCUUCCCCGAAGUACUUGUGUUGAGAGGCAGCACCAGCUUCAUCAAGAUGCUUUGUUGGGUUUGGUUAGUUUUUAAUUAUUUUCCUGUUUUUAUUUAUGCAUUUCAUCUAGGUAUUGGGUUAGUUUUUAUCUGCUGUAGCUGCCCAGUUGGUGGUUCGGUUAGUUUGUGAUAUUGGUUGAAAAACGCUUUGUAAAAUGGAGACUUGGUGGAUCUUUUGCUAGUAGAACUUAUCUGUAGAGGCCAACCUAUGAUUUUCUAUGAAGCUGAACUUAUAUUUACAAAGCUUUAAUUCAAUCUUGUUCUUUAUAUCCAA